AUGGAACCAGUAAAAUUACAGGCUAUAAGCUGCCCAGAGUCAAGAAGUUGGCGGUGUCUCACCCCCGUGCCUCGGAAGGAACGUAAAGCCGUUGGUCCUGCGCCUUCUCCCUCUCUGGUCGUGUUGAUUUACCGUUCCAUCGGACUAAUGAGAGUGAGGCAAUAUAAAGUGCUUGCGCAUUCACUAGAAUUUACUCGGAAAGACCUAUGUCUAUGUAUAUUUGUAUGUAGUCGCGUGCGACGCGAGUGUGACGCGUGUGUAGCGAUCGAUGCGUGCGGGCGGCGUCGCGCGCGUCGGCCAGUAGAGGGCGUUGCUCGCGCAGCCGACAAGAUUGAGGUGGUGGCCGGGUGCGGGUGGGGUAGGCGCGCGCGCGUGCGGCCGCUGCACGCGCUGGGCCGCGCGGCCGGCAUGUUGGCCUCGCAGCGUUCGCAGUCGUGCAACGAGGAGGGUGCGUUUUUCGGGGCGCGUGCCCUACGCCGGCCGCGAGGCAAGGGUAGCGGCAGCCCGCCUUGCUAG